AUGAAUUGGUUUAAACAGACACUCGCAAAUGUCGUGGGAACUGAGGAACCAGAGUAUGGUUCUGCAGGUAUUCGCACGGUAACAGCUCAAGCUGAGAAAACUCCCUACACCGAGUUGACGAAGACCGAUUUGAAAUGGAAGGCUCAAGAGAGUACAAAUGUAGAGACUCAGACCUUCUAUAUGAUCUCAGAUGAGGGUAAAGUCGCAUCUGUUCAGAUGAUUUACAACAAUGUGGCCGGACUUCGAACAACUUGUCAACUGAACGUCAAAGUAUUCAACCACAAAGGUCCAAAACAAUCUGACCAUCUCUGGCUUUCAGAUGCACUCGAGAACUAUGCGGCUCGUAAUGAGUCUGGACUUGUCAACCUUGUAUUCAAACGCGCAGCCCCUGGCUUCCAGGUGGGAGAGAAUGGAACCACCUACUACGGUACUGAUCCCGCUGCACCAUGGGGAGAGAUGAGACAUCGAUUCUGGCCUCGUUGCACCGUCACCGGUACAAUCACCACACCCGAGAAGAACUACGACUUCAAAGGACGCGGAAUUUUCAUUCACGCCAUUCAAGGCAUGAAGCCUCACCAUGCUGCAGCAAAAUGGAAUUUUGUAACUUUCCAAACACCUACGUACUCCGCUAUCAUGAUGGAGUUCACAACUCCUGCUUCUUACGGCCAUACCUCUGUGAAUGUUGGAGGUAUUGUAAAGGACGGCGAGAUCGUAUAUGCCGGCGCUACCAACACUGUAAAGCAUACUGAGUCGAAGGAAGACCCAGAGACCAUGUGGCCCGAACCUAUCUCAGCUGAGUAUAAAUGGGAUGGCAAGAGCAAAUCUGGUGAAUUCUCUGCAGUUCUCAGUGGACCGCUCGGGGAAAGGACAGACAGAGUUGAUAUUCUAUCCCACAUUCCCAGCUUUAUCAAAUCGGUUGUUGGAGGAGUUGUGGGAACCAGACCUUUCUGUUACCAGUGGGCUAUCCCUCCAACUGACUCCCUCGUCCUUAAGAUUAAGGAUGGCGAGACAGCUGUGGAGGAGCAAGGUACACUCUUUGGUGAAUCAACCUUCAUCUUGUAG